AUGGCGCGUAUGUCCGUAUUUCACCACGCGUGCACGGUGCCUCUAGCGCGUGCCAUCCAUGCCCGUGCUAUGUCAGUUGCCUGCAGCGGCACCGCCACUGUCACAGCGCCUUCUCUCAACAAGAAGAAGGAAGAUCCUCAGGUGCUCCUCGGCAUGUCCGAGCAAGACCUUCAACAACUCGCCCUCGACUUCGGUCAGCAAAGUUAUAGGGGGAAGCAAUUGCAUCAUCUGCUGUACAAGAGGAAGGUGAAAGAAAUUCAGGAUUUUAGUCACUUGCCAUUGGCAUUUCGGAAUGAACUGCAGGACGCGGGAUGGAGGGUUGGGCGGUCAUCCGUUCAUAAGGCAGUCACUGCAGCUGAUGGUACAGUUAAGUUACUUGUAAAGCUUGAGGACAAUAGGUUGGUCGAAACUGUCGGCAUACCUGUUAAAGAUGAUAAAGGUUCUGUUCGUCUAACUGCUUGUGUCUCAUCACAGGUGGGAUGCCCACUGCGUUGUUCGUUUUGUGCCACCGGCAAGGGGGGUUUCUCAAGGAAUCUUAAAAAGCAUGAAAUUGUCGAGCAGGUUUUGGCAAUUGAAGAACUUUUCAAACAGAGAGUAACAAAUGUGGUGUUUAUGGGAAUGGGAGAGCCAAUGUUGAACAUGAAAGAAGUACUUGAAGCACAUCGUUGCUUGAAUAAGGAUAUUCAAAUUGGACAAAGGAUGAUAACAAUUUCGACAGUUGGAGUUCCGAACACUAUAAAAAAGCUGGCUUCUUACAAACUUCAAUCUACAUUGGCUAUCAGCUUACAUGCUCCGAAUCAGAAACUCCGGGAAAAAAUUGUGCCAAGUGCAAAGUCCUACCCUUUGGAUGCAAUCAUGAAGGACUGCAGGGACUACUUCCAUGAAACCAGUCGACGAGUAUCCUUUGAGUACACACUUUUAGCUGGAGUCAAUGAUGCAGUAGAGCAUGCAAAAGAACUUGCAGAGCUUCUUCUUAAAUGGGGCCCUGGUUAUCAUGUAAACCUGAUACCCUACAAUCCAAUAGAAGGUUCAGAGUACAAGCGUCCAUAUAAGAAAUCAGUUCUUGCAUUUUCGACUGCUCUGGAGUCUCGUAAAAUAACUGUCAGUGUACGUCAAACCCGGGGACUAGAUGCAAGUGCAGCGUGUGGGCAGUUGAGGAACGAGUUCCAAAAGACCCCAUUGCUUUCAGGUGCCGAAGACCAGCAAUCUCAAUCAGAACUACUAGUAGUUGCAUGA